AUGGCGGGGGAGGGCGAGCAGCUCUGCGAAGCCGCCAUGGCCGGCGGCGACUGCGCGAAGCUGCGGGAGCUCAUCGCCGGCGGAGCAGACGUCUGCCACUUCGACGGAGAUGGGAUGACGCCGUUGAUGUACGCCUCAAGACGAGGUAACGCCGAAGCAGUGCGGCUCCUCCUGGAGGCCGGUGCCCCCUGGAACGCUCUCACCCCGGGGGGCCUCUCUGCUGGGGACUUCGCCAUGGAGAACGGUCACCAGGAGGCGUUCGACCUUCUCCUAAACGCGGGUAUACAGGCGGAGCUGGUUCUAGGGACCGUCGCGAGGCGAAGCGGCAGUGGCGGCUCUGAGGAGAAGUAUCUCGAGGAGAGAGUGCUCUUCAGCGAGGACCGGGUUAUGGACUCGGAGAGCAAAGCGGUGAUGAUGGCCUGGGAGGAGCCCCUGAUGGAGGCGCAUGCCCGAGCGAUCUGUGGGGGAUCCGACGGCGGCCAUUUUCUGAACAUCGGUUUCGGGAUGGGGCUUGUGGACUCGGCCAUUCAGCGGUACUCGCCGGCGUCACACACGAUUAUCGAGGCCCAUCCGGAUGUGUACAAGAGGAUGAUUGAGUCUGGUUGGGAAGAGAAGGACAACGUGAAGAUUCUAUUCGGACGCUGGCAGGAUUUUCUUCCCCAACUGGAAUCAUACGAUGGUAACUGGAAAUUAAGUCAUACAAAAAAUGUGUACAUCUGCAUUACUGAAGCUUUUAUUCAUCAUUUUUUUUUCAAUGUUUUUUUCUUCUGCAUUGGCUAGUCUUGGUGGUCGGUUAUUGCGCAUCACCCAAGGAUACAUGUAAACACAGAACAUAGAGAACCACUGCUAAAUUCAGAUGUCUUAAUUGGGCUGUGGUAUCAACUGCAAGUUUAGGGGUAGCUGAGGAAAGAACAGUACGAUGGAAAGACCAAUUCUGAAGAGUCCACCUCCUUUACUGGGUUCCGAAGUUCAAUUGCCUUAGUGUUGUGUGUGGUAAAAUGGCAGAAAAAUUCUGACUUAAGUAGGAGUUUUGUGUAAUGUGAUGGAUUUGGGAAACCGAAGUAUCCUGAUUCUAGAAAAUUUCUUGAUUAUGAUGGAUUUAUGAAACAUAAGUGUCGAGAUUUUAGAUUUUUCUUUUUAUUGUCAUGGAUUUGCAAAAUAUGAGUAUCAUUGUUAUGGUCUUUAUAUAAUUUUUUUUCAUCUAGGGUGCCAAAGAAAAAUGACUUUUAUUCAUACUACUCCUGAACACUAGGUUACCACUCGCUGGUUCAAUUUUUUUUGCAUAGAUUGGGCCCUUAAACUCUGAUUUCAUUAUAUUCGUUCCACUGAAAAACAAAAUAUACACGAAUCUUCGUGCUCAUUGUUAAAAAGCGCUUUAAAAAAACGUGUAGAAUGGUAGUUCACCGUUGACUUUUUUUUCUUCUAAUGAUUUAAUCAUCCAUAUUUCAAGUCUCUGGUUGAGGAAUUUAUGCUCUUUAAUCCCUGAACAGCGGCUGAGGGAGUUUUUUGGCGCAGGGAUUUUUUUUGACACUUAUGGAGAGUACUAUGAAGAUCAGAAACAGUUUCAUCAGCAGCUUCCUAAAUUGUUGAAACCUGGUGGGAUCUACUCGUACUUCAAUGGCUUUUGCGGAGGCAAUGCCUUUUUUCACGUGGUUUAUUGCCAGCUAGUGUCCCUUGAACUCGGAAGCCUGGGCUUUUCGACGCAGUAUGUUCCACUGCCUGUCAAGGAUUGCUUAUCUGAGGAAAUAUGGGACGGCGUGAGACACAAAUAUUGGCAGCUAGAUACGUACUAUCUUCCUGUAUGCCAGGCAUCUUGCGACUCGGAGUGA